UGACUGCUUUGUGCCGCACUGACUGUAAUUUGACUGCCGCCCUCAGAGUAUCAGUCAGUCGGCUUUUUUUCAGUCUGUGAGUGAAGUGCACCUGGAAACUUCAUUUUUAUCCCCUUCCCAAUAUGUCCAUCAGUCGGAAAAACUGGUCAGCUUUGUCCAGCCUCGCUCGUCAGUGGACGAUGGAGGACGAGGAGGAGGUCGAGAGGGAGAAGAGGAGGAGGGUGAAGAGCUCCAGCACCACCGCCGACCCAGAUUCUGACCUGAGUCCUACAAAGAGAAACACAACCACCAGUGACGGCACCACUGGGACAGACUCCAGUGAGACGUCCCAGGGCCUCAGCAGCGUGGAGCAGAUGCAGCUGGACUUUGUGGAGAUGCUGCGAGUGCGCGACGAAAAGAGGAGGAUGAGGCACGUGGAGACGCUGAGACGACAGAAGGAGGAGGAAGAGGUGGAUGAAGGAGAGGCCGGCAGAGGAGGAAGUGGCAGAGUGGAGAUACUGGGAGACCUGGAUGAGGAACAAGGCAACAAUACAUUCAAAACACAACCGCCUUCAAAACCACCCAGCAGUCCCAUCAACAACAGCAGCAGCAGCAGCAGCAGCAAAACCAGAACUAUCAUCACAAACAGACAACAUGAAAAUGGAGAGUCGUCGGGUAAGGACCCUGAUCCUAAAACGUCAUCCACCCCGACCCGCAAGUUUGUCAGUUCUGUCUCCAUCUCACUGGACAAGAGUCCCUCCGUCAGCGGUAGCACAUCUCCCAUGAGCCCACGCUCUCCGACAGCACCCCGGUCGCCCCGGGAACACUGGCCUUCACCCUGCCAGAGUCCGUCUCCUCGGGGGGUUAGAGGCCUUCUUCAGAAUGGACACGCUCAGGAGACCAGUUUGAAUGACUCUUCCGCCAAUGGAAACUUUGAACCGACGGCCAAACCUGCCUUUGUCAGACAGAGCUCCAGGACUGUAUCUUUCAGGAUGAUGAGAAAGAAAGAAGAGGAGACUUCACCGCUGCAGAGGAGUGCAAGUGUGAGGAUGGCCUCCAAGAAGUUUGAAUGCAAUACAGACCAAGAUGAAGAUGAAGACAAAGCAUCAUCUUUCCAGAGAAACUCCAGACAGAGGAUUUCAUCCAGAUCCAUCCAGGAGAAGAUGGAGAGACUGGCUCAGGCUGCACAGAAAUCAGAAGCGACGCGAUCUCCAGACAUGACCCAGAGAUCCCUGUUUCUUCUGGACGAGGUGUCCAGGAAGAGAGGCCUCUUUGAGAAGGAGCAGCCGGCACAGAGUCUCACCAGUCCGGGAGUUUCCAGACAGGAAUUUAGGAGCUUCACGUCAGGAAUGUCCGACCGGAUCAACCGCUGGAUGAACAAGGCAAACCAACCAGGGUCUUCACAUGGUCCUUCGGACUUGAGACACGUGGACAUCAAUAGUAAGAGGAGCUUGUUUGAGAACAGGGGGGAGGAAAACGUCUCAAAAGGCACCCCUGGAAAAAUCUACAAGUGAAGGCCGGUCAUUUAUUAUGCUCAACAGGAUUUCUAAUACAGCAUGACGAGAGACGGCGAUUGAGGGAUGAUUAACGGAUGCCAUGACUGACUGAUUUUCUUCUUUUUCUUUUCUUUUUUUCUUCACUGCUAAUGUGAGCAACCAGCAGGAGUCACCGAGGGGAAAAAAAGUGUUGCGUUGUAGCUUUAGAGGACUGAAAUGGAAGACACAGCUUUUAAAGUUAGGAGGCUUCUAUCAUUUACUUCUGCAUUGCUUCUCGAAGUAUAAAUAUGUCUUAUUUCAAAUGCUGAAUGUUAAAAGUCAGAGUGAGGAAAGGAGUUAAAAGGAAUGUCGACAUGAGAGGAAGAGAAAGUGGGAGAAAAAGGAAGGGCGGUGGUAUUUGUUCUUUCAAAAAAAGAAAAACCUUUUCAUGUGUUUGCAUCUGUGUAAUUUUCCAAGCACUUUAAAAGGGUGAAGGUCUUGAUGAUGUCUGUGUGCAUUGAACUUGAGCACUGCUCGAGUUGUAAUUGUAUGUUUUAUCUAAUCUGCCAAACAUAAUUUUGUGUUUCAUCUGGACUCGUGGACAAGAUUCUGCCUGUCUGAGGAAUAAAAUGUUUUCCUACUACAAA